CGGGUCACAUUUACCUCGGCGGCCGUGCAUGCUGAUGAAAUUGACUGCUGAGAAACUCGGGCCUAUUUCGUGUGCGGGCGAACCUAGCGAAGGGAGCUAUUUCGUUUCCAGUUUAUUAAACACGAGAAUAAAAUCAUUUGAAGGCGUGUAUUUCUACAUUUUGGAUAUUGGAUUUAGAUCUGCCUAUUACAAUCUAGAGUAAAGGAUGCCGGGACUCAGUUGUAGAUUCUACCAGCACAAAUUCCCUGAGGUGGAGGACGUCGUGAUGGUGAACGUGCGGUCCAUAGCAGAGAUGGGCGCCUAUGUCAGCCUCCUCGAAUACAAUAAUAUCGAAGGCAUGAUCCUUUUGAGCGAAUUGUCACGUCGACGUAUCCGCUCAAUCAACAAACUCAUCCGAAUCGGGCGCAACGAGUGCGUUGUUGUCAUCAGAGUUGACAAGGAGAAGGGAUACAUUGAUUUAUCAAAGAGAAGAGUUUCGCCUGAAGAGGCCAUUAAGUGUGAAGACAAAUUCACCAAAUCUAAAACUGUUUACAGUAUCCUCCGACAUGUGGCAGAGGUUCUGGAGUAUAGUAAGGAUGAGCAGCUGGAGAGCCUGUUCCAGCGCACCGCCUGGGUGUUUGAUGAGAAGUACAAGCGGCCUGGAUAUGGAGCCUAUGACGUCUUCAAGCAGGCCGUAUCGGACCCAUCCAUCCUGGACGGGCUGGACCUCACAGAGGAGGAGAGGAACGUCCUCAUCGACAACAUCAACAGACGGCUUACCCCGCAGGCAGUCAAAAUCCGAGCAGACAUUGAGGUGGCUUGCUAUGGGUAUGAGGGAAUCGAUGCCGUGAAGGAUGCCUUGCGAGCAGGCCUGAGCUGUUCCACUGAGGCCAUGCCCAUCAAGAUCAACCUAAUUGCACCACCACGCUACGUAAUGACUACCACCACCCUGGAGCGUACAGAGGGCCUUUCUGUGCUCAACCAAGCCAUGGCUGCCAUCAAGGAAAAGAUUGAGGAGAAGAGGGGUGUUUUCAACAUUCAGAUGGAGCCUAAGGUGGUGACGGACACAGACGAGACAGAGCUCGCUCGGCAGCUGGAACGACUGGAGCGCGAGAACGCCGAGGUGGACGGGGAUGACGACGCAGAGGAGAUGGAGGCCAAGACCGACGACUAGCAGCCUGCAAAACAAUUGGCCGACAGAGGGGAGGAGGAGGGAGCGAUUGGACAGACCUGGCCACACCCAAGCAUUUGGACAGAUACAAAAUGAUCAGCUUCACGUAACAUGCAAUGCAACUCUGACUGAACUUUGGAAAAAAAUGAACUGGCACAGGACAGCGGGAGGGAGGGAGACUUUGUAAUGGGGGGGAUGAGACUGCAGCACCCAACAGUCCACUGGUACCAUAGCUCGAUAGUACUGGGAGACAGUUGGCUACAUCUCUUGCAAACAAUUCACUUUCCAGUAUACUGAGUAUGUCCCAAAGAUGUAUAUCAAGGAAAAAAGGAAGACCUCAAUUAAGUGCAUUUGGAAGAAACAAAGGUUUUAAUGCAAACAAGCCUGUGUUCCGUUGAGUGGUGUCAGUGCAAAGUAUUUCUUGAAAAUAUUAUCAAUGGUAAAGAAAAAUGCUUAAACACUUUUUUAACAAGCUUGUAUUUUAACGUCUCAAUGAGCAGUGGCCUUUUCUUUUUCCCAAACCCCAGUUUAGACCCAGUCUUUCUCCAAGACGUUGGUUUGGCACUCCACUGACCGAGGCACGUAGGAGAGAUGAGCUUAAAAAUUGUGUACGCCCGAAAUGUUUGGGUGUUUUCCACAGUACUCCUUUCUGUCCAGUUUUGUGGCAUCAGGUUGGACCUCUGGUUCAGCUCACGGAAAACCAAUAAAUCGCUGGAAGUUUUCAAAUA